GCACGCAAAAUCGAGUGUUUGUCAACAUUAAUGAGAUCGUUACGAUUUUUGAAAACAGAAAAAAGAAACUCUCACCGAAAAUGUUGUUAGCUGGGCGGCAGUGAACACCUAUACAAAUUACAUGUGCCACAAUAGUCAACAAAAUUAUUUGUAAACACACUCAAAAAAGAUACGAAAAAAACAAAUAAAUACAAAAAAAAAAAUACAACAAACAAAAUCCAAUUAAGUGAUACUGUGCUAUGCAGAAUCAAUUUUGUGUCACAUCUAAAUUUCUAGUUCCAUGGUGUGUGUACGGCUGCUGUUGACCUAUCCUGUUGUUGUGCAUUUCCAACUACAAACACCCAAAACUAUUUAGUUGCGCAAACUGUGAAACAUGAUGCUGGACGAUGACAACUCGGAACUGCUGGUCUGUGCCACUGAGGUGCAAGAAGAUCGCUUAUACUUUGUGGUCUUCAAGAAGAACAUCAAGCCAAAGAAUACGGUCAACACCCACUAUUUCAACAUCGAUGAUGAGUUUGUCUAUGAGAACUUUUACAACGAUUUUGGGCCACUCAAUUUAUGUAUACUGUAUCGCUACUGCAUGAAGCUCAACACCAAACUGAGUGCCAAGAGUCACGCAAACAAGAAAAUCGUGCACUACACCUCCAUGAAUCCGGCCAAGCGUCUCAAUGCGGCCUACCUGAUUGGUUCGUAUGCAAUAAUUUAUUUAAAUAAAACACCGGAGGAGGCCUACAGACCACUUGUCGCUGGCGAUAUUCCGGCGUAUACGCGUUUCUGUGAUGCCAGCUAUGGGCCCAGCAAUUUCAAGAUUUCGCUGCUCGACUGCCUCCAAGCCGUACACAAGGGCCUGCAGGCGGGCUACCUCAACUUCAAUGACUUUGAUGCCGAGGAGUAUGAGCACUUUGAGCGUGUGGAGAACGGUGAUUUCAAUUGGAUAGUGCCGCAAAAGUUUAUAGCAUUCUGUGGACCACAUCAGAAGUCGAAAACAUUGCCAAACGGCUAUCCGUGCCAUGCGCCAGAACGUUACUUUAGCUAUUUUCGGGACAACAAUGUGACGACGGUGAUUCGCCUGAAUGCCAAAGUCUAUCAUGCCUCGUCUUUUGAGAAUGCCGGCUUCGAUCACAAGGACCUCUUCUUCAUCGAUGGCAGCACGCCCAGCGAUGCCAUACUUAAAAAGUUUCUCUCCAUCUGUGAGACGACAAAGGGCGCGAUUGCGGUGCAUUGCAAGGCGGGAUUGGGACGCACGGGCAGCCUCAUCGGUGCCUACAUGAUGAAACAUUACGGCUUUAGUGCCCUGGAGGCAAUUGCCUGGCUGCGAUUGUGUCGGCCCGGCUCGGUGAUUGGACAUCAACAGCAGUGGAUGGAGGACAAGCAGAGUUGGCUGUGGUCCGAGGGUGAACGGAUGCGUCGUCGCAGCGGAUUGCCGAUACUGAAGCACAAGUACGGCAUCUACAGCAUCGAGCUGAAGAGCAAACUGGCCGAGAGCGAUCUGCUCCAGCAGCAGCUGCAGCAGACGACAACGACCGUGGAUCCCUUCGAUCAUGUCGAUCUGCUGCUGACGCGUGUCAAGGGCAUUUCACAGCGUGUGGACACAAUGCAUUUAAAUGAUCAGGAUACAUUGGAUGCGGCAACCGAUGAGGAUCUGUCCGAACCGCAGAUGGACCUGCUGAAGCUCGAACUGCACUAUCAGUCCACAGACGAUACCAAUUGCAAUGUUAGCGACAAUGAUACCGACACGGCCAGUGCUGCGGCAGAACAGCCGUUGUCCUCCUCCGCCUCCACCUACACCAUCUCGACGCGUCGCCGCAAAUCGCCAUCGAACGCCAACAAGCCAACGGUAAUUGCCAAUUCAUUGCGUCGUCUGGUGAACCCAAGCGGUGCACGCAAUGCCGGACACAGCAGCGCUCUGGCCGGUGGCAGCAGCAGUCUCGAUCCGAGCGGCAGCUGCACGGAGAAGAAACUGCGCAAGCCCAGCGCCAAUGUGUUUGAGGCAGCGCGACACACGAUCGCCUCCUCGGUGCGCAUGACCCAAACGGCGCUGGAGAAGAAGCAGAUGCAGACGCAGGGCGAUAAACUCAAUCAGAUCAAGGCGUUGCGGCGACAUCACUCACGUUCGGUGAACAGCAACAGCGAUGCCGAUGAAAAUCUGCGACAUACGCGCGCCCGUUCUCAGCCAUUUCGCAAUAAUAAUGAGGUGGCGUCAUUGCGGCUUAAGAGUGGCAGCUGUCUGGGCGCCAGUACAACUGCAACAGUGGCAACGACGGCGACGACAGCAACAACAACAGCAACGUCAACGGCAACAUCACAUAACCUUAACAACAACAACUAUCUAAACAACUCUUUGCAUAACAGUAACAAUAAUAGCACUAACAACAACAACAACAAUAUGCAGACCAAUGUGGCCAGUCGCACUCGCAGUCUGGCUAUCUACAGCAAAAGAAUGGAAUUGAAGCAUCUGCGCAAAGCGGAGCAACAGCAACAGCAACAACAACAACAACAUGAACAGACACACACUUCCGGUCUAGCCGCUGUGCUCGAUAAGCAAUUGAAACCGUAUGCAACGAUCAAUGAAAGUAAAAUACCCGUUAAUGUUGGUGGCAUCGGCGGUGCCGGCAGCUCGGCAACUAUACCGCCUGUGCGGAGCAGCGUCUCGCGCAGCUCACAUCAUCACAUGACGCUAAGGGGUCGCUCACGUAUACGUUAUCCGAGGCCAGGCGCUGGAGAACAGAUGGCUUCGGCGUCGGUGUCGGCAACAGCUGCAGCAGUAGCAGCAGCUCAAUCCUGCACGUUGGCGACGGCUCGUUAUUAUCGUGAUGUAUCCGCCAUACCGGCGAAUGGGUCGUCAUCUUCGCUGGUCAAUGCUUUGGGCGGUGCAAGUGCUCUUUGCUACGGCAUUGCAACGCGUUCUUCAUCUGCCACGCUUGAUCUCAACUCUAAUCCGCUGCCAGCUGUCAGCUCCAGCUCUAGCUUAAGCACAACAACAGCAACAGCAACCGCAACCAAGUCAAAGAUACCCAACUUGAACCACAACAACAUCAACAACAACAACAACAAUCACAACUGCAAUUUGAGUAAUACGCAUUCUUCUACACCUCCCCUAGACACAAGCCGACUUAGCCUGGGCAAUGGACGUGCCAGCGAUGAACAGCAGCCGGAGUUCAGCAGUGAGCAUAAUAACUUUAGCCUGGGAAUCAGCAAGCGGAACAAGCGUUCGCUAAGCUCCACACGCAUUGAGAAGGACAAAUGCGAUGAGUACAACACAAAGUUGCUGCGCAAGACGAGCGUUGUUGCGGCCGCAGCGGCAGCUGCAGCAGCAGCAGCCGCAGUCUCCGCAGCAAACUACUCUUCCUCGACCAUAAACAAAACGAACAUCAACCACAACAGCAAUAACAGCGGCAAUAGCAGUAAAUAUAAUAGCAACAGUGGCACCCCAACAACCAGCAUCGGUGGCGGCAGCUUUAGGUUAUCGCGUCGAAUCUUUGCCGACCAAUCUGGUUCAUCAGCGUCCACGUCCGCCUCCAAUUCUGGUAUACCAACACCGACGGCACCGCCCACACUGCCCUGGCAACAGUCAUCGGGGCAUCCUUCACGUGGCGUCAGUCGCUUGACCACAGAUCGCGACCAACAGCAGCAGCAGCAGCAUCUUAAGCUGCGCAAGAAGAUCAGCUAUUAACAUUAAGGCUUCCAUUUCUAUUCAAGCUGCAUGCAAUUGCUAUUGUUGCCAUUCAUUUUUUGUAAAGCGAAAUUCUUCUAGUGUUAAUAGUAAAAUUUAUUUAAGGCCCCCACAAACAGAGAAAGCUGGGCUUAUUUAUUAUUUGGGAGUAAUUGGGAACGAAAUCGCAAUCCAUAAAACGAAACAAUUAAUUGCCUUCUGAUAACUGUGAAUUCGAUAUUAUCUCGGCAAUAGUCAAAUAUUUUUUAAACAGAUUAUUGUCAUACUUCAAAUAAGCAUAUACUUAGCCAAAUUUAUACAAAAAUUAAAAAUGUAUCUGCUUUUUGCCUUGCAUCCGUUAAGGGGCAUCAUAGUGAUAUAACCGUUUCCGCAAAAAAUAAAAAAUAAAAAAUAUAUUCGUCUGUCUGUUCCAACUAGCCGAUCUUAAAGAUCAAGAGUAGUCAAGCGAAUGAAGCUUACAAUAUUUAUUGUAAGACAUAUUUUAAGCACACUGUUUUAGCAUUAUAUUCAUCUACCCUAAAUAAUCGUAUAACAUCCAUGUUAAAUUAAGUUUCAAGUUGUGUUAUCCUCCGUUUUUAUUAUUGGUAUACAUACAAAUUGAUUUAAAUAAAACCGAAAAAAAACUGUAUAGCAAUCAAUUAGUUUUU